CACUCAGGACACCAGACAGUCUGCAUCUGCGAGGCACCACAGCGGCGCUCCCGUCCCCGAGGAUCAGGUGCCGAGGAGCCGCCCACCCCGGCAGCGCCUGAACCGUAGCUGCGGGCGGGGGUAAUGUCAGGUGCAUCUCUACGCCCCGAGGGCCCGACUCCCACACUUAAACCCCGCCCACCGCCGCGCCGGCUCAGUCGCACCUGGCAGGCAGUGGGAACAGGUCCUUCUCCCGGCGCGGCCACAGAGACAGCAGCCAGACCACAGCCCGGCAGCUCCGCUCCGCUCUGGGCCACUCAACUCUGGCUUCCCCACCACACCCUCCGAGAGCAGAGCCGGCUUCAGAUAAAAGCACUGCGGCGGGGAAGGAACACAGUGCAUACGUCUCUUAAAAAGCCGCUGAGCCGGCUCUAAGCAGCAAGCACAGCACCAAGAAGGCCCGAGCCUGAAACACGGGAAGCAAAAUGAGUCUCCUCAAAGAACGGAAGCCGAAAAAGCCGCACUACAUCCCCCGGCCUCCAGGGAAGCCCUUCAAGUACAAGUGCUUCCAGUGCCCCUUCACCUGCAACGAGAAGUCUCACCUUUUCAACCACAUGAAGUAUGGGCUCUGUAAGAACUCCAUCACCUUAGUGUCGGAGCAAGAUCGAGUCCUCAAAUGCCCUAAAUCCAGCCCUUCGGAUCCCAAACAAACAAGCCAGGCCGACUGCACAGCCAAGCCAGCUUCCUCCAAGGCUACCACGAACGGACCCACAAACUGUGAUGCGAAGCUUCGGCGCAGCUUCCCCAAGGAGGGUGCCGAGGAGGGUUCGGUCCCGGGGGCACCUGCAUCCCGCGCAGUGACGCCCACCCUCCAUAAGGAGACGCCUCCGCGGAGCCCAGACCCAGUCCCCUGCGGCAUGCAGCCAGCUCUGGACGGCAGCGCCCGGCCAUCGGCCUUUGUCCCUGUCGGAGAGCACAGACUCAAAGCACCGGAGGGCACCGAGGGCCCCGACGCACCGGCCUUCCCGAGCCCCCCGGCCAGGGCCGCCUCCUUCCACACCAAGUCUGCCUUCCACACACCCGGCUACCCGUGGAAAGCCAGCUCGGCCUUCCUCCCGCCCGAGCCCCCACACAAACUGCCCCCGACCAAGGGCUUCGGGCCCAUCUCCCCUUACACGCAGCCCAUGCUCCCCGAGUACCCACCUCACUUCUACACCGAGCACGGCCUGACGGCCCUCUAUGCACCCUACCUGCUCGCGGGCAAUGCGCCCGAGUGCGACACCCCCGUGCUGUCCGUCUACGGCACCCAAGACCAACGGCACUUCCUCCCCCAGCCCGGGCCCCUCCCGAAGCACAUGAACCCACCUCCGUCAGCCUACGACCACUACCGAUUCUUCCAGCCGUACCACCCUAACCUGCCGAUUCCCUACGGCUUCUACAGACCGGAGUCUGCAUUCUCCUCCUACGGCCUCAAGCUCCCACACCUGGCUGCUGGCAUCACACGGGACCCCAGCUCACACCUGCUAGAAGAAGCCACCCUCGUCUACCCAGCCCUGAGCCCGUCCAAGUUAAACCCUCUCACCUCCCACAAGAAACACCCCGAGUUGGAAAGUGAAAGCCCGAUUUCCCAAGCUAAAGACACCCCCAAAGACGGGCAGGAGGAGGCAGAAGGGGCCAAGAUGAGCCCCCGGGCGGGCAGCGCAGCCACGGGCUCCCCAGGGAGGCCGAGUCCCACCAACUUCACGCAGACCAGCCAGACAUGCGAGGGGCUGUGUGACCUCUCGCGGAAGCCGGCUGCCAGCCCCCUGGGGAGGCGCGACCAGCCCCAACACAGCCUCCCGGUGAGGAAGACGGCAGCCUGCCCGAGCCCCCAGGACCCAGCUGGCAGGGCCGAGUCCCCGCAGAGCUCUCGCCGCGAUGCUGUGGAUCGAGACCCUUCUGCUCACACAGGAAGCACCCCUCUCGACGCCGAGGUCACACAGUCCAGACCAGAGGACGAGCCGGGGAUGGCCCCACUGAACCUUUCCAAAAGGCCGGGGGCCAAGCCAGCUACUCGCGAGCCUGCGGAUGACAGCCCAGCCCACGGGGAGGCCCAGGACUUCUCGGAGCCACAGGAGCUGCCUCUCAACCUCUCGGUGAAGGACCCCUGCAAGGCGCCCGCCCCAGGAGCUCCUUUCCCCAGCCCCCCUCGAGGCACAGAGCCCACCGCUGGGCAGCAGACCCAGGCCACAUGGUACCGAGCCGUGCCGGGGGACGCCGAGCCAAUCGCCACGGGUCUCCACUCCGGCGACCCGCCAUUGGCACCCUCCCCGGGGAAGGCCCAGGAUGCGCGGGCAGCCGAGGCCAGCGACGAGCAGAAGCAGACAGCGGCUGUGGCCCUCUGCCAGCUGGCAGCCUACAGCCCUGGGCAGGCCCAAGCAGAUGGCGAGGAGCACCAGGCCCCGGAGCCCACCCUCCAACCCAAGGGGCCCACUCCCAAACCCAAAGGACAAAAGAGGACAAAUCAAAAGGAGUCAGGAAAACCCCAGCAGGGAGCUAAAAAACUGAGACCCAGUGACACGGCCAGAGUGUUCACUCUAAGAAAAAGAACUCGGUGUCUCAAUGCCUGACUUUCUUACGUGAGUCCAAGAGCCGUGGCCAAAAAGCCACUUCUCAAGCACUUAUUAGCAGCAGCAAAAUUUAUAUGGCAUCUUUACUUUUUUCAUCUGAUCAAUUACUAUAAAUGCAGUUUUCUUUCUCUUCUCAAAAAAAAAAAAUUUAAUUGUUUUUGUAAAUAUUAAGGUGCUCUUCUUUUGUUCGGAAAUACAUUUGAAUGAGUCGUAUACUCUAAGACCGAUGAGCUAAACUUUUGUUUUCAUUUUGUAAAAUGUCCAAUGAAGUGCACAGGACUAAAAGUAACUUUUUAGCACAAGUCACCGCAUAGAAGAUCCACAAACACUUUUCUUAUAAAUAUUUUAGCACUAGAACAAUUGUUUUACCUCUUUUUCUAUUAAAUCUAACUAUAUAUUUUGAAAUAAACAAGUACUGAAAAAAAUGCCAAGAAAAAAAAGUUUGGGGAUUAGCAUUCAAGUGCUGUAUAUAAAAAUGCUGUGCUUUAUUAUGGCUGGAAAUAACACACAAACAUCAAGAAGCUAUUUAUACAAAUAAUUUAUUUCCAAUUAGGGAAAAAGCACUACUGGUGAAGGUAUUAUCAGUUAUUCUAUUUGCUUAUAGUGUUACAGAGAAUUUUCUGACUUAUACAGCCUCAUUUUUCACUUCUUAAAAUGAUGUAUAUAUUGAUAACUUUCCAAUAAACUCACGUGAACUUUAAAAUCGCAUAAAAUGAAGAAAAACAUAAAA